AGGAGGUGCAGGGAGGGGGGCAGGGAUAGAUUAAGCAGCAAAAACCUUCCUUAACACAGAGAAAAGGUGCCCAGUGAUACUUUGGGCCCUUGCAGAAUGUCAAGUUCAGCAAAACUCAAAUGUCUGAAGACCAUGAAAUGCAGAAUUAAGGGGGCAGAGCUAAGGUGAUGUGGGCCUUUGCCCUGACUCUGUUUCCUGCUUUUCAGAAGUUGGAGUUCUGCUGAACUCACGGCUCUGGAAGGGCAGGAGCUCUCCCUGGGCAACCUGAACUCUGCCUCAGGGAAGUUUUUGCUAUUUAACUUCCUAGUGUUUUAAGCUGAAAGAGAAAUGGUUCUCGGUGGGAGUUUGUGGCCAUUUACACAGCUGUCGUCCCCGCCUAGGUUUGCAGGUGCCAUGCUACUGUGCCUAGGUAAUAAUCAAACCACCGAAGUGUUCCAUGGGGCUUUACAUCAGGACAUCUCAAUCAGCUUUACAUCAGUAUCCCCAUUAUACAGGUGGGAAACUGAGGCACAGGGAGGGGAAAUGACUUGCCCAAGGUCACCCAACAGACCAGUGGCAGAGCUAGGAAUAGUCCCAGUGCAGGGGUCUCUGCACUAGGCCCCCUGGUUGCCAUGUGAUUCCUCAGGGCCCCUCCCCUCUCAUGUACGUUGUGUUACAGUGCGGUGUGGGCAGGCUGAGCAGUGCACUGGAGCUGCCAUGGCUGCUAACGAGCUUCCCAAGAUACCUGAAGAGGAUAUGGAAGCACUGAAGGCUGCUAUUGGGGAAGGAAACCUCACCGAAGCAGCUGCUAAAGCGAAAGAGGCUCUGGAGACGGCUGAUAAAAUCACUCUCAACAUCGCUGUCACAGGGGAGUCGGGCACUGGAAAAUCGUCCUUUGUCAAUGCCAUCCGGGGCCUGCGGGAUACAGAUAAAGGUGCUGCUGAGACGGGGGUGAAUGAAACGACAAUGAAGACCACUCCUUACCCACAUCGUAUAUACCCCAAUGUAAUAGUCUGGGAUCUGCCAGGGAUCGGGACCGAAAAUUUUAAAUCAGACACGUACCUCAAGCAGGUAAAGUUCAGCCGCUACGACUUUUUCAUCAUCAUCUCCUGCACCCGCUUCAAAUACAACGACAUUCAACUCGCCCAGGAGAUCCAGAGACUGGGGAAGAAGUUUUACUUUGUGCGCUCCAAGGUGGAUGUGGAUUUGACAAAUGAAAAACGACACUAUGACGAGGAGGGAAUCCUAGAGCCGAGCAGUGAUCCCAUGAAAAGGCCACUUCAGUACAGUGAGAGUUCGAUCCUCGAUGGCAUCAGAGAGAACUGCAUCAAAGGGCUGAAAACAGGAGGGGUGACCUCCCCACGGGUUUUUCUUGUAUCUAGAUGGGACUUCGGCAAGUACGAUUUUCCCAAAUUGCAGGGAGUGCUAGUGGAUGAGCUGCCCAGUCUCAAGAGACUCGCUUUUCUCCGAUCCCUGUCCAAUGCUUCUAAAGAAAUCCUGGAGAAGAAAAAACAACAGCUGCAAACGCAGAUAUGGCUGCUAAGUCUGGCAUCAUGUGGAGUCGCUGCUCUUCCUAUCCCGGGUCUCUCCACUGUUUGCGAUAUCGCCAUGCUGGUGACGUCCCUGAAAGAGUUCUGCAGGGACCUGGGCCUCACUGAAGAGUCUCUCGCUACACUUGCCAGACAGGCUAACAAGCCCAUUGCAGAGCUGAAGGCCGUUAUAAAGUCCCCACUGAGUGAGGAAAUAACAAAAGAUCUUGUAAUUAAGCUACUGACCAAGUGCGCAGCUGGGGCAGUGAAAUAUUCUACAUAUUUGUUUGAAUUUGUACCUGUGGUAGGUUCUGUGGUAUCUGCAGCAGUUUCUCUCCCUACCACAUACUUCAUGUUGAAGAAUUUCCUGGAUGCUGCUGCUGCUGAUGCUGUACGAGUUCUGGAGGUGGCUGUGGAGGGAGACGUUUCAAACUCAGAGAAACAGCACGAAAACUGCAGCACCCCCUGAAAGGAAGAAACGUGGCUGAAAGAGUCAAAAUAAAGACCCUGUCCUAGCUGGAGCUUGGAGCUCAAAGCUGUGGGAAGUCUCAUGAAAAUGCCGACAGGGGUCCUAGGCUCUCCUUUGAGAUAAUAAUACAUUAAAAAGUGCUUAGACUGAUCAUUGUAAUUCUGUAAUGCUCAUAGGUUUAACCAGCCCCUUAUGCAAAGGUAGAUUUGUCCAGGGAAGCCCCUGUGUCUGGCUGUGCUAUUAAUCCUGUGAGUGGCCCUAGAUUUAAAUGGAGAAGGGUCAAGGUGUCUCUGGCUGAUAAACCCAUAUGGGCUGCUUGAUAAUUACCUGGCUGAGUGUGGCUGUCACUUAUACGCUGGGCUGUGCCCCCAUUCACGGCUGGUGAGUUAGUGCGGAGAUUGGCUCUAGUGUUUGAUGCUGGGUUUAUGUACAUCUAUUGCUCCCCGAUUUGCUAUUCUCAGUGGGAGCCUAUUCUGUAGUUUAUUAUAAGAGCUGAUGAUUGAACAAUUCAUUUGAGCAAUUGGAGACUUUGAUACAUUGCAGCUGGUCUGGCCAUAUGUAUAGCCAGUGCCUCAGCCUCUGCCUUCCCCCAAUAACCCAUUGAUUUGUUGCUUUUGUUUUCAUAAUGAUUAGAGGUCCGGUUCUGCGAUCCUGUCACACCCCAGAAUGGGCCCCUCUUGUCUUGUAGAAAUGAUUUAAUAUUUCAAUUAUAAUAAACUUGCAUUUAAU